AAAAGUCAAUAGGAAAGAGAAAGAAGCCAAGGUGCGUGAAAGUGAAGGUUGGAAUGGGAUCUGAUCUGAGUUUGCAGUUUGCAGGCAUGGAUGGAUCUCUUAAGAUGCGAAUGAGUGGAAGUAUAUAGAUGAAGUGUUGAUGGGUGAAGAGGGCAACAAAGUAACGCUAUUGCCUCUGAUAGCUCUAAUAUUCUAUGAAGUAUCUGGCGGUCCUUUCGGAGUAGAGGAUUCAGUGAGGGAUGGAGCUGGUCCUCUUCUAUCGUUGCUUGGUUUCUUCUUUUUCCCUCUCAUAUGGAGCAUACCAGAAGCUCUCGUCACCGCUGAACUCGCCACCACCUUCCCUCUAAACGCUGGAUACGUUAUUUGGAUAUCCUCAGCCUUUGGACCCUUCUGGGGCUUUCAAGAAGGCUUCUGGAAAUGGUUCAGCGGAGUCAUGGACAAUGCCCUCUACCCCCUUCUCUUCCUCGAUUACAUCAAGCAUUCAUUCCCAAUCUUUCAACGAACCACUGCUCGAAUCCCUGCCCUUCUAGGAAUCACCCUUUCUCUCACUUAUUUCAAUUACCGCGGCCUUCACUUUGUUGGCUUUUCUGCUGUUUUUCUCGCCGUCUUCUCACUUUCCCCAUUUCUCAUAAUGGCCUUGCUUUCCAUUCCACGCAUUAGGCCCAGCCGUUGGCUUCUUGUAGAUUUUCGCAAGGUUAAUUGGCGGGGAUACUUCAAUACCAUGUUCUGGAACCUAAAUUAUUGGGACAAGGCAAGUACCCUUGCAGGAGAGGUUCAAAAUCCCAGCAAGACGUUCCCAAAAGCACUUGUUGGAGGACUUCUUUUGGUGCUCUCCUCAUAUCUCAUUCCACUUCUUGCUGGAACUGGUUCUUUGAGCUCCUCGCCAACUGAGUGGACUGAUGGUUAUUUUGCACAAGUGGGGAUGCUCAUUGGUGGCUCCUGGCUCAAACUCUGGAUUCAAGCCGCCGCUGCUAUGUCUAACCUUGGCUUGUUUGAAGCAGAAAUGAGCAGUGAUGCUUUUCAGCUUCUAGGGAUGAGCAAGAUAGGAAUGCUUCCAGCUGUAUUUGCUUCAAGGUCUAAGUAUGGAACGCCCACUGUUAGCAUUUUGUUCUCUGCCACUGGAGUUAUCUUCUUGUCGUGGAUGAGCUUUCAGGAAAUCAUAGAGUUCCUCAAUUUCUUAUAUGCUGUAGGAAUGCUUCUUGAGUUUGCAGCUUUUGUAACUUUGAGGGUGAAGAAGCCAAAUCUUUAUAGACCGUACAGAGUUCCAUUGGGAACAUUUUGGGCUACAAUGCUCUGUUUGCCUCCUGCUUUGUUACUUAUUCUUGUAAUGUGUUUGGCUUCUUUGAGAACAUUCUUUGUGAGUGGAGCAGUCAUUCUCCUGGGGUUUAUCCUAUACCCUAUCUUGGCUCAAGCCAAAAGUAAGAAUUGGAUUCUAUUCGAAACUGAACCACCUUCCUUACAUUCCACUGGAUGGCAGCAAUGCCAUUCAGUUGUGGAAGAAUUGACUGAAACUAACCAAGAAAAUAAGGUCGUAGAGCUCUGUGUGGAAGAAGAAUUGUCUUUAAUGCAAAGUGAUUCUAAACCAAGUUAGCAGGAUCUUGUCUUGACAUAAUUUUUGACAACAAUUCAACACAAGUAUAUGACGUGUUUGGCUGUCUUGGACACUGCUGAGGUUGCCGGAAAAGGGGCGAGAUUUUUUUGUUAUGCUAGAGCUUAUUAAUUCCAAUACGGAGUAGAGUUGGAAGUUGGAAAUCUUGGUGUUGUAAGUUGUAACUUAUAUUUAACAUUUAUGAUUUCUAUCAAUUAUACAAAGAAUUGUAGUUAUUUUCAUCCGUUGAAGAUACUUGAAUUUAGUGAGAGAUUUCCUUUAGAAGCUUAUUUCUAAUAACGUAGCAACAUGUAAAUAUUGUCCAAUAACCUGUCAGAUCAGUGGAGAAUGGAAAUUCCAAUGCAUGAUAUUUGAAUACAUGUUUUUAGCAGAAGUUGGAGAAAGAGGGUUUAACUGCAGUCUGCAACAGGGGAUUGAACAAAACAAACCUAAGGAAUAAUAUGCUGUAAUGGUUGAUUAAUGGAAACCAAUGAUAACUAUCAUAAAUUAGAUAUGAGUGUUGGAUGGUCUGAAUGUCUGAUUGAAGAGCAGGCAUAAGGAGAUAGACCGAGGAUUAGAGUACAUCAAAGACAGCGAAACACAUUCCUUCUAGGCUGAUAUUUCCAGGAAUCUGGCCAAAACACAAUUUGCACCACUCUCUAGAAAGGUAAGAACGAUUAAAGAACACACUCAUUAAAUAGGUCAGGUGUGAUAAACUCUUUCAUGUUAUCGAAGCACACUGGAUUCUUAGGUUCAAACUGAACUCGGAAAGUUUCUAGGAGGGAGUGUGUUCCCUAGGAUGAACAUAUUGGAUUAGUCGAUUCUAAUGUAUUUCAAGCUUGAUGUUUGAGAGACAGGAGUAAGUGCCUACGUCAUUUAUGGUAAUCAUACAUUUAUGAUACUACUUGUUGCUCAAAUAAAGACAAUUUCUUCUUU